AUGGAUUAUGAAGCUAUCCCAAGCGAAAUUCUAAUCUUCGUAGUUCUUCGGUUGGUUCCAAAGUCUCGGAAACGUGAUACCAAACGAAAAACUCAGUCUUUAUUCCACUUGACGAACCCCGUUUCUCUAUUCAACAGGUACAGCAUGUUCGACGCUCUGGACUUGGAAUACGCGCUUCUAAGGGCAGCAGCCCGCGGCUCCGUGGGCCCAUACUCGUUGUCAGAGUCUCUCCACAAGCUGACGUUUACUCAGAGCCUUGCGUUCCCUGCGUUAGCCCGCGGUCUGGCUUCGAAGCAGAGCGUACCUGCCAGGAGGCCGCAGCAGCACACUGAAAGUGGAUUGAACGCGUUCGCCAAAGUGGUCACUGCGUUGGUAUUGGUCCUGGUGAGCGUUCUGGUGUUCGGUGUCGUGUACAAGUUUGUGAGGACGUGAGGAUGGCUGCUGGUGCCCGACAGGCCGCCGGGCUCGCAAGAGUUCGGCCCGGGUACCAGCGACUCUUUCGAUCAGUGACUCGAUCUCGUAGUUUAAACGAUAUUCUGGUACAGGAUUUUAUUAAAGGGAAUUGAUUGGAUAAGAAGAUGCAAGCAAAGUAUUAUUAAGCAUAUGUACAAAUGAAGUUUUGGGAAUGAAUACAUUUCGAAAUGACAAGAAGAGGAAUGAAACGUGUUAGUGACGUGCUUCGUUCUGACGAGGUUUGAACUGUCGAUUAACAAACUGGGCCUAGACUGAAUAAUUACAGAUCGUGAACAUUCGCUAUGUACAAUUGAAUGGAGUUUUGAUUCGACAAAUAAAAAUUCAUUCUUCCAUGUUUCCAUAAACAUUUAUAAAAGCGCACUCGCAGUUGUAUUGGUUAUUGCACAUUUUUAAAAAGCGUUGCUAAAAUUCUGUGCUGUUUAAGGGAGAUAGUGCGUACGUGAAACAGCUUGGAUCUGUGAAUUCUGCGAAUGCAAAUAAUGUUUGAACGGCAAAGCGGCGACGUGAGCUUAUCUCUGAAAAGAAUAAGCAAAUAACUGGAAACUGGAUUGCGCCGUGACGCGCUGUAUUCAACGCGUGAAACUCGUGACACGAAUCCGGGCGUUUUACCAAAAAAAAAAACAGCAUAGAAUUUUGACACACCGUUGUGAAUUUAAAGCACGGCGAUCGAUAUUGAAAAAUCGUCGCUGCAACGUUUUUAUGCGAACAACGUGUAAAAAGCGAAUUUGAAUAAAAUUUUUCUUUCUGUCUUUAAAUAAUAAGAAUAACCAGCUUGAAGAAUUUUAUAAAUAAUGUUUGUCAAAUAUAAUGUAAUUAAUCAUUGUCAUAUAAUUUGGUAUAGGCCUCGCGCGCAUGAAAAUGUGUCAGGCAUAUUUAUCAAUUCAAGUGUAAUCCGCGAAUCUUUUCAAACGCUUUUACACGAUUCUAUCCUGAUGACAAUCGCUAUGAUAUUUAGAAUUUUAAGGGAAUCGUGAUUUCCAAGUAAUUCGCGAAAUUGCUGAGAGCUUUCAUCAGUUUUCUGAUAAAUCUCGCGUUCGGACGAAGUCUGAAACGUUGUCGCCAUUUUUACACUUAAUUCAUUUUAAUGAAACUUUAUAUGAUUGAAAGUUCGGAUGUACGACAUUCCAUAUUUUUCAUUGCAUCAUUAAAACUAUUCCUUUACUCACUGAGGUUUUAACAAAAAAGAGUAACAUGGUUUUUAAUAAAUUAUUAAUUGACACGUUGACGUAACAUGAUUCAGAAUUGAAUUUCUAUAAGUUUCUAUUAUUUAAAUCAGAUAAUCGUGAAACAUAAUGUAUCUGUAUACACGUACAUUCUAUAUAUACACACAUUGUAAAUAUAUGUAAAAUUAUUAACAAAGGAAGUCUCCAAUUCUUCGAGGUUGCAUUGUGUGUUAACAAAUUUCUAAGAUAAACUAUUUAAAAAGAUUAUAGUAAUCUAUAUAUUGCAGGGUGAGAAAUAAUUCCGCACUACAUUUUCAUUUUUAAAAAACUUACCUUCAAACAUAGCCCCAGAUACGAAGAAAACAUAAAAUUCCCAUACUGAAAACUAUUCAAGCGUCCAUAUCUUUACAGUAGAUAAACAUGAAAGAAUGAAAUUCCCACAACUAGAAGUUGUUUCAUUCACUCAAUAAAACACAAAGAUAUCCUCAUGUAAAGACAAUCGUAACGUUCGUUCCACUUACGCGAAAUUUGUAUACGCAACUUCGAUUACGAAUCCCACAAUUUUAAUUAAUUAUAACUUUGUAAUAAAUACGAAUAUCAAAACGAGGAUUCACUUGUUAGAAACGAGGAAGUUUCCUCUUUAAAAUGCAGUUUGGCUCGUCUCGAUUCGACGCCCGAUUCCAGAGAUAUGAUCGUGUAAAGAGGACUGUUCGGUUUCGGCGCUGAUGUGGCUGUCCUUUUCGCAAGUGUCAGAGCUCUCACUCGCACGUUGACCCAGUUACUGACCUGCUCUAGCCCCCACGUGUCUAGACACCUGCUACGCAACUCUAGGAAGUAACCCUCUGAGUUUAGUAGAGCGGGAAUCCCCGGGGAAUUCCAAGCCCCGUGCUUAAACGGGAAAAGUGUUAAUCUUUAUUAUCUCGCGAACGGAUUCAGAUAUCGGGAUGAACCAAAAACGAUUCUCGACUUCCUUUAUCGACUGAACAGUAAAGUAAAAUACUAUUUUAAAUAGUAAAUAAUCGUAUUUAUUUGAAAGUAUGGAUAUAACUUUAAAAAGAUAUUUUUUAAUCGAUACAAUACGUUUUGAAAAUAGUAUUUUAUAUAAAGAAUAUUAGCCAAGAUUGUGUAUAUUUAUGUUUCAAUGUUACGUCGAGGAUAAUAAACAGACUCUGUCUUAAAAUUGUAAGAUGUUUGCUUUUCGCAUGAGAAUCAUAAUUUAUGUAGUAGAUAGAACGUAAUUGUAAACUGUAAAUGUUUCUGUUCUGAGAUGGACUCCCUGCGGAAGAGGAUUUAUAUUACAUAUCCUUCGUGAUUGCUUCGUAUUGUAUAAAAAUUGGAAUUUGUUCAAAACAAUUCCGAAUAAAGCUUUUUCCAAUGAA